AAACUCAUGCUUAUCCUAAGAAACUUCCAACAUCCCAGCUUCUAGUUGUACUACUAUUUUGUCUUCUGUCUGGCAUCCACUAUCAUCAUUUUUCACGCGGUACUUAAACCCCUCUCUUCUCAUCAUUUUUACAACCUCAAACUCAUUAAAACCUCUCUAAACCCCUUCUAAUCUUCUGCAAAUACUCUUAUUAUUACCCUUCCUUUUAUCUACUUUGCUAAACUAUAAAUGUGUGGCGGUGCUGUUUUAUCCGAUCUCAUCCCUCCCAGGCGCGGUAGCCGCAGCGUCUCCCCUGAUAUCUGGCCGAGCUCAUUAAGCAACCGCAGUCCUUUUACUCCCCAAAAAAGAUCAUAUCUUGCUCCAGGUGGUGAGCCAGAAGAGAAAGCCCCUGUCAAGAGGCAGAAAAAGAAUCUGUACAGAGGUAUAAGGCAACGCCCGUGGGGAAAACGGGCAGCUGAGAUUCGUGAUCCAAGAAAAGGAGUUCGUGUAUGGCUUGGGACCUUCAAUACGGCAGAGGAAGCUGCUCGAGCCUACGAUAGCGAAGCCCGUAAAAUUCGCGGCAAGAAAGCUAAACUCAAUUUCCAUUACGAAGAUGAUGAAUGCCCAUUAACCUCCCAAAACCAACGACCCAUUACUUGCUUAAUCUCUAAACCCAUUGUUGCUUUGGCUGAGGAGAAUUCAGAGUCUGGUUUAGAGAAGAAAGCUUAUUCAAUGACUGGGCCAAUGGACAGGACAAAUACCUGUAAUAAUAAUAACACAAGUGAAACGAAAAUCAAGCAAGAAGAAGAUGAUAAGGUGCAGAAACUGUCGGAGGAGUUAAUGGCUUACGAGAAUUUGAUGAAGUUUUAUCAGAUACCUUAUCUUGAUGGACAGUCAGCCGCAGCUAAUCCCAUUACUGCUCAGGAAAGUGUUGUCGGGAAUCUCUGGAAUUUCGAUGAUGACGAUGAUGUUCUUAUUGUUCCUGUUAACUCCUCGGAUCUGUAAUUCAUAUGGGUGCAAUUGUUUGAGAUGAGCUUGUAAAUAGGGGAAAUUCUCGAUUUUUUUGUUUUACUAUUGUUUUGCUUGUUCUUUGUUAUUAAAAAUUUCAUUUGUUAAA